UAAUAAGAAUAGAAGUAAAAACAAUGUGAACCAGAGGCAUAGGCAGUUCUGGACACUUGAACCCUGACAAAUUCACGAUAUUUGAAAAAAACAGAGAGCCUGGACAACUGGACAGAUAGGAAGAAGCCGCGUUAAUGAACACCAGCACAAGCAUGGGAUGGCAGAGAAGCAUUGGAAAUGUAAGGUCAUUUGUUUCUAAUUCCAUGGGAGGUUUAAGAGGCAGGACCAAUCUGGCCUCUUGGAUAGUCGCCGGCACACUUGCUUACUUCCUUUGGAUCAAGCCCGAGCGGGAGAUUCGCAGAAACCAGGAGGCCAGGGCUGCUUUGGCUACAAAUUCAGAACGUUAUGUUGAGAAGCGACGGCCUAUUCCCGAUCCUCAGGAUACUGGACUAGUCUAUGGUAAGGGAAAGCAGUCUGAUACAUCUGAGGGCUAGUUUGGCUGUGCAUUGGAGAAAAAAUAUUGCACAAUAAUCCCAAGGACGCUAAGAAUUGUGCAUCAUUUCCGAGGGCUGUUGAUGUUUUAUUGAAACACAUUUAAAUGUUCUCUUCAUUGAAUUUGUCAUAUCAAAAUAUUCUUUUGUUUUUUAAAUAAUAAAUUGCCUUGGCGUACAUGAGAUAUUAUAUGACCUGGGCAAGUGUUAUCAUGGUACCCAAGACAUGCAUGUUUUUACCUCCAUUAUUUUGACCUCCGUUUUUUUAAUUAUAAAUCAUGAAAGCUUAAAGCUUGAUCCUCUUUUUUUGA